UGUGUUUAAUCAGCGACCGCCCGUAAACAUGGCGGACUACAAGGAGGCACCUUUGGCGACUCGGCCACAAACAUUAGAUCCAGCGGAAUAUUUUAACGUUUCUCCCGAAUAUCGACGGGCGGAGGAGGAGCGGGCAGCGCUCAGGGCCCGGCUAAAGAGAGAAUAUCAGACAAGGCUGAAUAAUCCUCUGCGGAAUGAGCUAAUUGAGGACCCGGCGCUCGCCAGGUGGACGUACGCCCGUACUGAGCUGUAUAACCACUUCAGACCUACACCCAAAUCCUCCCUGAUUGCCGGACUGAUCGGAGUCGCUCCUCUCUUCGUCUUGUGCUAUGUCUUGAAGACUGACCGCGACAAGAGGGAGCAGCGCAUCAAAGACGGGACGUACCAACGGCCAUACAGACUCUCGUACUGACCUCUGACUCGUAUUUCAGUUCAAUCCUCGGCUCACGGUGUACAUGUAACUAUAAAUAAACUUUACUGAUGAAACAAUAAGCGAGA